CGUCGGUUUCGCAAGAUGACCAAUGUUUUUUAUUCUCCUGUGCUGAACUAGCUUACUUGCCGCCUCUCGCUGGUUGGGAAAUGGCAGAGGGAGUCAAGGCACAGCUGGGGUUGUACGGAUGCAGCUUUCAGCUAGCGGAUAUGGUGAGACAGAGAAAGAUAGCAGAGCUACAGGCUUUCCAGCGGACUUUCCAGCAGAGCAUGUCUGUGGACUCUGUCCCAGUGGAUGAAAGUUGUGCCGGCCUGGACCCCCUCCAGCAAAACGGCUCCCCUGUCGAGGUGCAGCGCAGCUCGUCCUGCAACGUGGCUGGCACUGCAGCACAGAGCCCAGUAAUGGAGGGCAGCCAACCCAUAAGCAUCGAGGACGCUGCCAAGAGAAAGAAGAAGAAAAGGAGAACACGGGCGACGGACAGCUUUACAGGAAACUUCAAUGACUUGUACAGGCUAACUGAGGAACUGCUGGGAAAGGGGGCGCAUGCCAAAGUUCAGGGCUGCACAAGCCUGCAGAAUGGAAAGGAAUAUGCUGUGAAGAUUAUAGAGAAGACUAAAAGCCACAGUCGCACCCGUGUGUUUAGGGAGGUAGAGACCCUCUACCAGUGCCAGGGGAACAGGAAUAUUUUGGAGCUCAUAGAAUUUUUUGAAGAUGACGCCUGCUUCUAUUUAGUAUUUGAGAAGUUACGAGGAGGCUCCAUCCUGUCUCACAUCCAGAGUCGUAAGCACUUUGAUGAGCUGGAGGCCAGCCGGGUGGUCAGGGACAUCGCCAAAGCACUCAACUUCCUCCACACUAAGGGAAUCGCCCACCGGGACCUCAAGCCUGAAAAUAUUCUGUGUGAAUUCGCUGACCGGGUGUCUCCAGUGAAGAUCUGUGACUUUGACCUGGGCAGUGGGGUUAAGCUGAGCAGUGCCUGCACACCCAUCACCACCCCCGAGCUCACCACUCCAUGCGGCUCUGCGGAAUACAUGGCCCCCGAGGUGGUGGAGGUGUUCACGGACGAGGCCACCUUCUACGACAAGCGCUGUGACCUAUGGAGCCUGGGGGUCAUCCUGUACAUCAUGCUGAGCGGCUGCCCGCCCUUCACCGGCCACUGCGGGACGGAGUGCGGCUGGGAGCGCGGGGAGACCUGCCGCGCCUGUCAGAACAAUCUUUUUGAGAGCAUUCAGGAGGGGAAGUACAAGUUCCCAGAGAAGGACUGGGCGCACAUCUCAGACGACGCCAAAGACCUCAUCUCCAAACUGCUGGUGCGAGACGCCACCCUGCGGCUGAGUGCGGCCCAGGUCCUGGAGCACCCGUGGGUACAGGGCAAUGCUCCAGAACGAGGACUUCCUACACCGCAUGUUCUACAAAGGAACAGCAGCACCAAGGACCUGACGCAGUUUGCAGCCGACGCCAUCGCCUUCAACCGCCAGCUCUCGCAGCACGACGAGGAGCGGGAGGACAUGACCGCCAUCGUGUGCUCCAUGCGCCUGUCCCCGCCCUCCAACUCCCGACUGGCCCGCCGGCGGGCCCAGACCCACGCCCUGCGAGACGGGCCCCCGGGGGACUUCCAGGCCAGCGCUGAGGGGCCCCCUGCCUGCAUCAAUGCGUGCUGACCCCAUGAAGCCAGCCAGGACUGUUCCUGGUCUCUGUUUCAGUGAACCGUCACCAGGCUUUAACGUCCAUCCACAUCAAUAACUAUAACUAUAACCGCAACUUGUAACGACAACGAUGUCAGCAUCCACAUAGCUGAACGUUAACGUUCUGUAAAUAGUCUCUCGGUAAUGUCGUCUGCUGUUUUGCAUGUGAUGCCCUGUAAAUUCAGAUUAAUUUUGAUUGGCUGGCAGCCUUUUAUCGUUCAUGGAGCUGGAAAAAAAACACUCUGAAAGUGAUCCUAAUGAUAUGAUAUUGUUUGUUGUCAUUGUCGCUAUAGUUGCAGUGUGAACUCCACCAUCCAUCUUGAGUUAGAACGAUUUUUAAAAUGACGUAUUUAUAGUUAUAGUUGUUGUUCUUGGUGUGGAUGCUGUAGCAGUCCAUGUUUCAGUAUAUCCCCAGAUUAUUUAACCCUUGGGUAGUCUUAACAUUCUGUAUACUCCCCUCGUCCUAAGGGUCAAAAAUGACCCGCCUUCACUUAACCCCUAAAAUAAAGUGGCUUAAUUGAAUUUUAAACCCCAAAUCUUUUUUUCAAGAAGAAACAGAGGGUUUUCCCUGCUGAUAAAGAUAGUGGCGGGUCAUUUUCGACCCUUGAGACAACACAAGAGUUCAAGAAUGUGUGUGAGGUAGACGUGAGCAUACCCUGCAGGGCUCUUAAAGGGUGUGGCUGGAAGACGUUUCAAAGUAUGUGCACUUUCUGUAUCGUGUUUUUUGACGCUGAAGUCUUUCUUAGAGGUCCUUGAUUUGACAAUUGAUUGUUGGUCACAUUGACAGUAUUGGUAGCCUGGAUAUUCAGUGCAAACUAGAUGAAUUUAAAGGAACAGAAAUUCAGGAACUGACAUGAACCCAGUCCUAUGGACUGUCAGUGUUAUUUUCUUCAGUGUACUUGAAUGUGUUGUCCUCCUAACAGACAUUGGACAGUAAUAGCAUUUUAGUUGAGCUGAAGUGAGUCACUUUAAAGACUUCCUCGCACUGAUAACGGUUUAUAUUGUCUUCCUGAACUCAAUGAGAUUCGGUGCAAAUGGGCUGAUGGUAUGUGAAUUCUGGCAAAAAGGAUGCUGCUUCACACGUGCACACAGUAUAUACAGUAUACAGUGAGAUCCAAUUGGGGCAAAGAAAAUGUUUUCCUUUGUUUUGGCUCCGGACACCACAAUUUUUUAUUUGUAAUCAAAUUAUUUAGGUGGUUCUCAACCUUUUUUAGAGGAUAUUUUAGUUUACCAUUUAGAAAUUACAAUUAGAAGGAACAUUUAUCGGGUUGGAAUUUCCAGGUCAGGCGAAGAACAAGGCGAUGAGAAAAAUAAGUGGCUGGAAAGAGGUACCUUGCCUUUCUGUUCUUGGCCUAUGUCAUUUGACUUUUUUUAUUUUUACUCAGUCUCAUAAUGGCUUCCUUGUCUUUUAUUGGCACAACUUUGGUCCUCAUAUUGACAAAUGCCAAUAAUGGACUCCAAAAACUGGUUACUGAAAGCUCUCAUUCCUGCCCUAAGGAAUCAAUUGAAUACUCCUGACUAAUCGGGGGGAGGGGGGGACUGUAUAAAAAGUGCUGUCAUUUCUACAUGGUGAAACCAAAAUGUGCCUGUAUAAUAACAUUCGUUCAUAGAACACUUUAAUAGUAUGUGAAUUGUUUGAUCACAAAUAUAAAAUUGUGGAGUAUUCAGCCAAAUCAAGAAAAAAUAAACAAUCAAUAUUUUAAAAUCAAUCAAUAUUUUAAUCAUAUUUAAAUCAAUAUUUUAAAUGUUAUCAAUGUUGUAGACAUAAUGCAGGUGGUCUGUCAGCACCUUGUCAAGGCAUAGCUAUUUUAUGUAGUUAUUGGACUCAGCCAUGGGGCCAGUGACGUCAGUAAAGAGUAUCAAAUACUUUAUAGAAGUAUAUGCAUUUGUGAGAUACAAUUUUCCUGAUACAAUAACAAUUUAACUCUUUUACUGAUUAAAUAAUCCUGAAUUUUACAGUUAUUUUUACCUACUGUAGCAGAAGCAAUGGUAAAAUGGCUUUUGUACAUAUGCGUACAUAUGAGUGAUAUGGUUUAUUCAUAAUGUUUUUAAAAAUUAAGUCUUCAAGCUUAAUAACUGUAGUUUGGUUUGGUGAAUAAUUUUAGUUAAAAUCUGACAUUACGUAACAUGAAAAGUAUGACCGUAGUCAAUUAGCAUGUUUUUUGCUAAACUGAUUUCAUGUGGGACAUUUUUAAGCAUGUAAGUUGCUUGGAAAAAAUCUGAUUUACUUACGCAAAUUACCUCAGUGUUAAUCCUAUCAAAAACAGAACAAUAACAACAAAAAAAGCUGUGCACAUUUUCGACACUUUAUGCUCGUUUUUCUGCAUGGGUAUGUUUGAGCAUUUCUGUCAGUUGUCCUGUCUAUGUACAUGUUUGCUGGUUUAUAUCUUUGACUAAGUUAUGUGAUAUUUUUCCAAUUUUGCUUUCUUAUACAGUGACUUGGUUUCAGUUUAUGAGGAUUGCAUUGAGCUUUGGAGUCACAAUUCUUCUAAUCUGAAGUCAUGCUCAUUCAUGUGUUAUGUUUUAUACUUUUAAGAAUUAGGCUGAUAGCUGUAGCAUGUUUAUGGAAGUUAUUAUGGAAGUUUAUGGGAUUGUUACUUUAGUACUUUACUCAGGGCCGGUUGUAAAAAUGAGUGUUUUUUAUGUGUAUUUUUUCAAAGUUGCUUGGUUUUAUAUGAAUCUCUUUUUGUCUUAGUAUUUAUACUUUGUUUAGUCUACAUGCUAUUUUUUUUUCUGUCUGAAUAAACUUUGCCAAUGAUCUUAUUUGACGAGGCAAAAAUGUCACUGGGUUCCAAUGAAAGCAUAAUGGUGAUUGAGUCGCUAAAGUGAUUUGAGAAAACGUGUGUGGACAAUUAGAGGGAAAAACUCAGGGAAAGUAUGGCACACCAUUGGAAGUCUAGACAAAUAUGCUGUUGUACAAGCCACUUUAUUUUCUUAAAAUUAAAUGAUGCUAUUGCAACGCUACAUUGUUCUUUUUGAGUAUGGUGUGGACAGAGUGAUGCUUUCAAUUACAAGCGACACUGAAGCGGAUUGAGACUAGCACCUGCAAGGUCAUGUCCUUGCAGAAGGACCGGGAGUGGUCCAUUUUACUAUUCAGUAUUUUUCCCUUUGAUAUGGGCAGUUCUAAUGCCUACAGAGUAAAUGGGUAUUUUACUGAAGAAAUCCGAGCUAUUCCUUCUGUAAAGCAUGUUCAUGAAUCUGAGAAUUAUUUAUUUAAUUAUUCUGAAGGUACAGUACAUGCAACAAUUUUAAUGCAUUCUGUUGGCAGUUUUGUUUUGGAAUGUUAACCUGUUGAUAUGUCUUAGUAAACAAACACUAUCACACCCUUGAA